CUUCCCCGGAUUUUGCUGUCGUUGCAACUCGUAUACUAUACCAGCAACGUUGAUUUAUCACGCGUCCUGUUACAUUAGUGACCUCUUUCGUGCUGCGCUUGGCGGCCAAGACCACUGACAAACUUCGAAACUUUGCACGCUCGGGAUAUCCGCACUCGCAGACAUGACAAAGGACUGGGAUGUAGUUCAAGAUGAGAUCAAAGAGCUUUCCUUCAAUCAAAAGAAACCUUUGGAGGAAGUCAAAGAGCUGAUGGAGCGCAAGUACAAGUUCAGGGCGUCGACUCGAGCGUAUCGCAUGAAGCUCAAAGAAUGGGGCCUCAUGCGACACAAAGGUCGAAAACCUCGGCUCGAUCACAAAAGUGACAGUAAUCUUGGACGUGGCCGCGAUAUUGGUGAUGAAGAGUCGCCAGCACUGUCAGCUGAGCCUAUGUCUGUUGAUACCGAAUCAGUCACGCAUCGCACAAACCCCGGUGAAUGGCAAGCCAUGAGUAGUGCAGGACUCACGUAUACACAGCCUCCUUUCACUGGGUCGGCCACACAGACGCCAACGUAUGUGUCUGGUGCAAAUUUGUACUCCACGACUGACAGUGAUAUUAGCUUAGUGCCUUCUAUUGAGAUCCCAGCGUGGGUGGAAGAUCCACCUACCGCAUCUAAAGUAACACAAGAUAUGAUCGCGUUCGUUCUGGACAACGAGUGCGCCAAGCUAGAAAAGCUCCUGAUGGAGCACAUGAGCGAGGUGAAUGAUCCUAUCGGUAUGCCUUUUGAGGCCCCUAACAGCCGUUUCGCCAAUCAUCCAGUCCUCACGAAAAUGGACAUCAUGCAACAUCCCCAUCAGACGUUGCUAGACAUCGCAAGUGCAAUGCCGAACGGACCGGUCGUGUGGGUGCUUCUCUCAUAUGGCGCCAAAGGCUCAACGCAUCCAUCAGGUGUUGAUUUAGCCUUGCACAAUGCCAUAAGAAACGACCGGGCCUAUACCGUGCAGGCACUUCUUAUACCUGGUCGAUCCGAAGUUAACGGCCUUCCUAAUCAAAGUUGGAAGCCGCUGCUGCAAGCCGUCGCUUGGGCCGGGCCCAACCUUGUAAGCAUACUGAUCAAGCGUGGGGCCAGAGUGAACGAUGCUGGGCUAUCUCCUGCCAGUCCAGGUAUUCAUACGGCUCUACAAAUUUGCCUGGAACUUCGAGCUCGCGAGUACGGUGACGAAGUUGUCCGGGACAAGUGCAACAAGAAUCUGAAAUUAUUGCUGGACGCAGGGGCCAGCAUCCAUGCUUCACCACCUGAGGGAUCCAGUGCCUUUUCUUUUGAGAAAUUUAUAGAGCCUUGGCACGACUUUGAUCACUGGAAUAUGAGACUAAGUUGGGAAGAGAUGGAAUGCCUUGGAAAGUUUGUUGAGAAGGGCGCUGAUCUCUCGGCGAAGUUCUUUGGCAGUCCAUGUGCAGCUGAAUCAAGCAACACAUUUCUUCACCAAGCCAUCUGGCAUUCACCUCCAUGCAUAUCGCGACAAGUACUUCACAGAUAUCGCCAAGAAACCUGUAACAGUGGGGUAUCGAUGCUACAUGAGGUGGUCGGAGUUUGUCCAGUCGCAAAGAGGCAUUAUGCAGGGGCGUUGGAGGAUGUUGAGACUCUGUUGAGUCGAGGCGUCGACCCUAAUGGGCUCAACAGCCAAGGUAUGACGCCGUUGAGAGCAUGCAUUGAACAGGCCUCAGAUGGAGAUGUGCUCGCCUUGGCGCAGAAGCUGCUCGAUGCAGGUGCGGAUCCUGAAUACGAGCAUGUUGACGGGGUCCGGUCAUACGUUGCUGCUGCACUUACUCUAGCAGAACCUACUUGCACCGAGGUCCUUCAAGCUAUGCUCAGAAAGAUGCAAGGACAUUCCACCAGGUCCGAGGACGGUAGAACCUAUAGGUGGGAGGCCGGCCUGUUUCCAAUACCCGAACGUCCAGACUACCAACAAUUGUUGUCAUGUACAAAGCUUGAAGGUGACCUUCAGCUCUCAAUUCGUGAGAUGGCACCAAUUGAUGUCCAUUCAAAGUUACAACGUGCAUACUUUGCCGUUAUCAGUAGCCGUCUUUUGGACAACGUCGCAAGGAGUACCGUGUCGAAUAAAGUGAGUGAGAGCGACAGGUGGAACCUCAUGCUUAGUCUAUCUUUGCGAAAGGCAGCCGGCCUGCCCAACUACCAAUUCGACCAAGCUCUGGUCGUAGCUUUACUUGACUUUCCUAAUAUCGACGUCAGAAGACUUGACUCUAUCACCGCCACCACACCGCAAACGGCUGUCGGCAAAAAUACCGAGGACAUCACUCCACGCACAACACCGCUGACUGAUUCAUCGCGAAUAGUCACCCCGGUAGCCUACCCACCAUUUCAAUUGAACACAAGAAGUCCCUCCAUGUCAUCCCAGCUUCCAUCCGCAUCCGGCUCAGUGCAUGCCUCAGAUACCAGCAACGAUGCAUUUGUGGGCGAUACCACCCAAAUUCGUUGGCCCGACCCAGAAUCCCAGCGCAGACCUAUACACACUGCCCCAUAUGUGCUCAAACACAAGUGCUCUGUGUGCGCGGACGACCGACUUCUUACAAACGCCGAAUUGCACAAGCACGAAGUUGAGCAUGAGCAUACUGCAGGAUGUGAUGGGGUUGGGUGCGCAAGACGCUUCUGCAAAGAAACGCGGAGGCGGAAGACCAAAGACGUGGGAUUUCAAGAACAUAUAUCUGAUGGGAAUGUCUAGUGACAUCAACUCCAUGACCACAGUUAUGUUUUCAGGACACAUGUUCGCCUUGCAACCUAGAUU